AUGGCUUCACAUCAAGAACAAAGUGACUUGGAUAGGAUAAGAGCCGAACUUGAGCAUGUCAAGCUAGAAAAUGCUAGACUAGAACUUGAAAACGAGGUCAGCUGUGAUCGCCCACUUGAAACUGCCGCUCCAGACCAUAGUUCGAUGAGAAGACAGGUCCCCACCGUGGUUGGCUGUAACGUACAGACCCAGACAGACGAACCUAGGCUGGGCGAUGACAUACAACAUGCCGGCAACAGGUACCAAAAUGUGCCGUCGCUAAAACAAGUCGAAUGUUAUGAGGACAGUGGUAUUCAGAUGGGAGAUGUGGAAGCACCCACACAUAUUCAAAUACCGUUUGCGAAAUAUCCCAACAAGAAAGAUGAUGUCUCGAAAAGUGAAAGUGCGGCUGGGUCAGCAACGGAUAAAGGUGGUCCAAAGCCGGAUUCUUACAGCGAAGGUGGUAAUUGUAGGAGAGUAUCCAAAGUUUCAUUCCACAGCGAUCUCGGAAGCCACAGUUUACCCAACAGUCGGCGAGUCUCCGUGCACUGCAAUGGUUCCGCUCAGCGAUGUGAGGGAGGUUAUGUGACCCCAUUGCAUGAGCUAUAUCCGGUGUACAGUGGGAUCGCUGCCGCACCUCAUGCGCAUGGGAACGCCCGAAAGAUCUCCGCACAUUCUAUGACGUAUUACCUGGAUGCGCCACGUUCCAGCCGGAGAUCAUCGAUGGAGCCGUUCUACCUCUCCCCACAGCACGUGGUGGCGGGGAUCUCGCGCCCGUGCAUGCAUGUGAUGAACGACAGGAUGCACCCGAGGGCGUCGGUUUUCUCUCUGAACAACUAUUCGGACGGGGGGUUUUCGGGUGGGGACGAGGAGGAGAGAUUGCCCACCUUGGACCACUACCGGUACAGCAUAUUCGAGAACCAAAGACCCACGCUCUAUCAACUCCGUGAGGAAGCCAUGAAGGACAACGGCGAUGCAGCAAAUGAAAUGUUUGACGACGAGCUUUGUGACGACGCCGACGAAGAGAAGGGCAAGCAAUUAACCGACGUGAAGAAAGGAGGACUGAAAUUCGGCUGGAAAGCCGGUGUUCUGCUGCGAUGCCUAAUGAACAUGUUCGGUGUGAUGUUGUUCCUGCGCAUCACAUGGGUCACUGGUCAGGCGGGGAUCGGACUUGCCACCCUGAUUGUCCUCCUGUCCGCAACGGUCACAUCGCUUACCACCAUAUCAAUGUCCGCCAUCUGCACAAACGGCGAGGUGAAAGGAGGUGGCGCUUACUUCAUGAUAUCGCGCAGUCUCGGACCCGAGUUUGGCGGCUCCAUCGGGAUCGUGUUCACACUCGCUAACGCCGUCGGUGCCGCCAUGCACAUCGUCGGCUUCGCGGAGACCGUCCGGGACAUUAUGUGGGAGCAUGGCGCGUACAUCACCGGGGACAGCCUACACGAGGUGCGCAUCAUCGGACUGGCCACGUGCUUCGUGUGCCUUGCAGUUAUUCUAAUCGGCAUGGAGUGGGAGUCAAAGGCCCAGUGGGUGUUGUUGGUGAUCCUGAUCGCUGCUCUUGUCAACUUUUUCGUCGGCACAUUCCUGCCCCCGAGUGACGAGCUGCGAUGGAAAGGCGUCGUCGGAUACAGCGGGGAAACAUUCAAGACCAACUUCAUGCCUCACUUCUCGAAGGAACACAGCUUCUUCUCGGUAUUCGCCAUAUUUUUCCCAUCAGCCACCGGAAUUCUGGCAGGAGCCAACAUUUCCGGUGAUCUUAAGGAUCCCCAAACGGCCAUCCCCAAGGGUACGUUCUGUGCAAUCUUGCUGACGUCAUCAACAUACAUCGCCAUGGCCUGGGCCAUGGGAGGAAGUAUGGCGCUCGAGGCGGUAGGGGCCGCCGGUAUAAUCGUGGCCGGAAAUACAACAAUGAACAUAACAUCACUUCCAGUUCCAACCCUCGAGGCCAUCCAACAGUGUGGGGAAUCUGCGUGUAAAUUUGGCCUACUGCAUGAUUUUGGGAUUACUUCUCUUGGAAGCGCAUGGCGACCUUUGAUUUUUGCGGGAGUAUUUUCCGCCACUCUGUCGUCUGCUUUGGCUAGCUUGGUCAGCGCUCCGAAGAUUUUCCAGGCUCUGUGCAUGGACCGACUGUUUCCUUUUAUCCACGUGUUUGCCAAGGGCUAUGGAGCGAACGGGGAUCCAAGGCGCGCCUAUUUCCUCUGCUUCUUUAUUGCCCUCACCAUGAUCUGCAUUGGCUCCCUGGACAUAAUCGCUCCCAUCAUCUCCAAUUUCUUCCUGAUGGUCUACGCCAUGGUUAACUUUUCCUGCUUCAGCGCAUCAGUGGUUAACACUCCUGGCUUCCGGCCUGGCUUCAAGUACUACAACAAGUGGCUGAGCCUGCUGGGGUCGUUGCUUUGCGUGGCUGCCAUGUUCCUCAUCAACUGGUGGGCGGCGCUCGUCACAUACGUCAUCGUAGCCGGCCUCUACUUAUACGUACACAAGUCCAAACCAGAUGUGAACUGGGGCUCCUCCACGCAGGCCAACGUUUACCGCGACGCCUUGAAGACGACGUUAAAGCUAAUCAACGUCGAUGACCACGUCAAGAACUUCCGGCCUCAGAUCCUCGUGCUCACUGGAUAUCCGCGCAAUAGACCCAACCUGCUCGACUUCGCAGCGACCAUCACUAAGAAGCAGUCUCUGCUGAUUUCUGGCCAUGUUUUCCAGGGUUCCCUUGAAGAGCAUCUUGCCAGAACGAGGUCGUUGUCCCCGUAUCGAUGGUUCGCAGAUCGCAAGGUCAAGGCAUUCUAUAAUAGUGUCUGCGCACCAACCUUCCGGACAGGGGUUCAGGUUUUACUGCAGGCGCUUGGAGUAGGAAAGCUCCGCCCGAACACGCUGUUGCUAGGAUACAAGAACGAUUGGCAGAGGGCGGAUCCAGUCGAGGUCCUCGACUACUUCAACGUCAUAUCGGACGCGUUUGACCUCCGAUAUAGUGUUGGAAUCCUGCGCGUGGUGGGCGGCUUCGACCGGAACAAGGUGCCCGAUGACGUCAUCAAUCUCGAUAACCCGGCAGUGUACGAAUCGGACGAGAAUGUGGAGGAAGAGGACGAUGACGAGCUCAAAACGAACGACGUCACAGCGAAACCAGUCGACGUUAAGACGAACACCACUGUGAACGGACAGCCGCACUUUGCCCUUCAACGACUAAACACACUUAAAGAGGGAAUCGAAAACGCGGCCUUCCAAGACGACGAACCUAAGUCUGACGGCGUUAAGCGGAAGGCUCCUGUGUUCCGGGAGAGCCAGUCUGGCACAAUAGACGUCUGGUGGCUCUAUGAUGACGGGGGUCUGACGUUAUUGAUUCCCUACAUUAUAAGUCAACGCAAACAGUGGAAAAACGCCAAGCUAAGGGUGUUCUGCAUGGGAACUAAAAAAGGGGAAGUAGCUGAGGACCAGAGGAGAAUGGCAUCGCUGCUUUCAAAGUUCCGUAUCAAUUACUCGGAGCUGACAAUUCUCACUGAGAUGAACAAGAAACCUCAGCUAAAAACUUACCGCCAGUUUGAGACGCUGAUCCAUGAAUGGCGGCUGAAGGCGGGCGAGUUCCAGGAGGAUUACCCAUGGAAGAUCGCCGACUCGGACCUCGUGGAGUACAAACAAAAAACGUACAAAAACCUACGAAUCCGAGAGAAGCUUCUGGAACACUCCAUGGACGCAUCUCUGAUUGUAAUGACGUUGCCCGUUCCCCGCAAGACGGCGUGUCCGGCGGGUCUUUACCUCGGCUGGCUCGAGAUUCUCACCAGCGACCUUCCGCCCACCCUGCUUCUCCGGGGAAACCAAGAGAGCGUGCUCACGUACUACUCAUAGAGAGAUGACGUCAUAUAGACACAAGCUUCUUUCCGGAGUGUUGAUGUAAACUGCGAGUGGACUGGUGAUUGACGAAGUAUAUCAUAUGUCAUACGCCACGUUUCGUAGAGUUAACUGGCCUAUAAAUAAACUGAUGCCCUUAUAUGCUAGAAUUAAAAUAGUAGAGUUUAUGUGUUCAUCUUGAAAAGUACAUUUACAUUAACCUUACUACUAAUACACACGUGAAACAGUAAGCUACGUUACAGAGUUUAUCUUAUAAACACCAAAACUCUGUAACGUAGCUUAUUGAUAAUCAUUCAAACUUUAAAGACUUAUAACGUCACAUAAUACGUCAAUAAUUAAUGCAUACGAUAUCCGAAGCCUUUUGACGUCAACGGAUCGUCAUUUAUUUCGUGUGUGAAUUGAUAAUACUUUGAUGUAAAUAUAUGAUCGGAACUCUUAUUUGGUCAUACUUUAUUUUGAUUAAUAUUAUUUAACGUGAGCAUGUCGAUAGACUCUCUUCAGACCAUUCUUACAUGAACAAUAUAGAUAUGAGCUACGUUAUGCGAAAUGCGACUUAUGGUAUAAACGGCCAGCGUAGCUCCACACUAGCCUACGCAUUCACAAAGUAUGGUAAGGAGCUACGCUGUCUGCUAUAAAGUAACGCAAUGUUUUUAUAGAACAUGGUAGCUCCUGACCAGACUGCGCAUGCUGGCAUAGAGCUACGCUUGUCGCAUAAGGCAUAAGACACAUUUUCACAUGCCGCGACUCAUAUAACACUUUGUAAACAUGCAUGUUUUACACGUUAGACUUUAGUGUUGCUUUUAGAUUAAUGUACGCUGUAUGUACAAUUCGCUGUAUAUUUUGGUUGGACAAAUAUUAACAUUAUAUCGUUUGUAUGAUAUUCAAUCAAAAAGCUUGAUAUGUGAUGCAUAUUCAUUACUCUAUAAAUUUCAGCACCAUU